CCUUCUAGAUACCACAUGGUUUACUUAGAUUACUAUUAAUCAUAAUUGGAGUCUUCUGACACUAAAUUCCUUGAAUAAAAUUCUCAGCAAAGUUCAUUUCUUCCAGAACUUUAAGUAAAAAAGACCAAUUCAAAUCCCAGGUCCCCUCAAACUAGCUUCUGGGUGGAUGUGGGAAGAAGAAAUCAAGUCUCACCAUCCCCCACACUGGUGGCACUGCCACCAUCUCUCCUGCGGACCUCAUGGCCAACUCUUUAUUUAACAAACCAAGAAACUUUAAAAUAUAGAGCAUUUCAGUGUCUUACAUGACUAGGGAAAGACAACAUGGAGAAUGUCAAGGGGAAAAAAAAACUUUCAAUCCCUCCCUUAACUUUUUCCCUAUUUACUCAAUGAUACAAGCUAUCACUUUCCUGUCUUUCAGUCACCUCUCAUUCAAACUCUGAUAUUUCUGAUGUAUUCUAUUUCUAGAACAGAUGGGAAAUGAAAUUUCACUUCAGAUACUUCAGGAAAUUUAAAAUUGGCUCCAAUUUAAGAAAUAGGAAAGGGUUGAUUCAACGCUGUGGAUUAUGGACCUCUUUCUUCUGCUUCUGAUGCUUCUGGUGUCCCAGCAAGUCUCUGGGAAGCUUAGACCGAACUGCCCGCUGAGUUUGGAGCACCGGGAUGAAAGCCAUCCAUGGAGCUAUUAUGGGCAAGGAGACCAUCUCAUUGGUAUAGUCCUCUGUGCCACAAGAAUGUUGCGUGAAAUGUUGCUUUUCAACAUGGCUCCAAAUAAAAAGUCUCACUCUCAGACAUUUAAUGAUAUGGCUAGAAUCCUCCGCUUCAUUAUGACUAUUGAAGAGAUCAACAAGAAUCAACGGUACCUGCAAAAUGUCACCCUUGGCUACAACAUCCAGAAUGACUAUUUUAACACAAUUGGCACUUCAGAAGCUUUGCUGGACAUGCUCUCUACCGGAGAUGCCAAUGUUCCCAAUUACAGCUGUGGAAGGAAGGACAACGUUUUGGCUCUUCUUGAUGCAGCUGCCAGUGAUAUCUCCAUCCAGAUGUCAACCUUAGUAGGCACCUACAAAGUGGCACAGACCAGUUAUGAAAUUGUUUCGGAAGCUCUGAGUGAUAAAAGUCAGUUCCCCUUUUUCCACCCGAUGUUCCCCAAAGAAGGGAUCCAAUAUCCCGGCAUUGUCCAACUGCUCCUCCAUUUCAGAUGGACCUUGAUUGGUCUCUUUGCUUCUGACACAGAAAAUGGAGAGAAUUUCAUGAGGACUUUUACUCAGAUGCUUGUCAGGAAUGGGAUUUGUGUUGUUAUAUCACAACGAUUCUCAACGACUCGGCGCACAGCACCCCUCAGGGAUGCUGUCUCUAAGUGGAGACAAGUCAAUGUCUUUCUUCACUCCAUCGAACAUGUUCCUCUUUUGGAGAGAAUUAUUCCUUUCCAUUUAACAUUUAGGCAGUUGUCUGGACCUAUAGAAGGGAAAGUCUGGAUCCUCACAAUCUUUGAGAAACAUUACAUGCAAAGGAACAAAGUUUUAAAGUACAUUCAUAGUGUAUGGAUUUUUUCUUUACAGGAAAAAAAAGAUAAUGCCUUAUAUCCCUACCACUAUGUAGAACGCCAAUAUCGAGAUCGGUCUUUGCACUGUUCUUUUUCAAAGCAUGCCUUUUCUGUCAAAGGUCGUAAAAGAUGCACCCAGAAAGCAUCAUUGGAGAAUAAAAUAGCUGGUUUGUGGAUUGAAACUAAACUAAAAGUUUUCAGUAUCGUGAGGACUCUGACCCACGUCUUGAAUGCUGCAUAUGCCUCCAUAUCCAGGAGGAAAAGACAGAAGGACAAAAAGAAGUUGAAGGCUUCAAGGCUGCAGCCAUGGCAGCUUCAUCCCUUUAUGAAGAAGAAUGUAUUUUGUAAUAUUUCCCUUUGGAAACUGUACGUGGAUCAAAAUGGAGAUAUAGCUGCAGAUCUGGACAUCGUGAGCGGGUUUAGAGCCAAAGAUUACCUCAUCAAAGGCAAACUGGGGAGUUUUAAAAAAAAGGGACUUUUUGUCAACCAAGAUGCUCUUCAACAGCUAAUGUCGCUCAACAAGGUGAGAAAAAUAUUGGUGUCUUUUCUCUAUUGUCCAAAGACGUAACACCUUUUUCAACCAAGCUAAGCAUAGUCAAAUUUUAUGGUCAAAUGAAUCCACAUGAAACUGAUGAGAGGGGCCCUCAGGUGCUUGGAUUGUGAUUGCGAUAGCCUUGCUUCUUUCUUGGCAAAGAAGAAAGCAAUUUUGUUUAGUAGUUUCUGAAUUUGGUGUCAGACUGAAUCCAAUGAAAUUCAG